UAAAUGGAUCCAUGUGAAUAAAGCUGUUACACUUCACCCAAAUGACGUCAUCAAUUAUUGGGUAUACGCACUCGUAAAUGGCCGCCCACAACAAUUAUUAGACCAAUCAUGGUCAAUGUCAUCCGGGAAUACACCAAAACCAACUCCCCGACCAACUCCACGCCCGGUCACAAAGGCGCCAACUGAUCACCAUCCAGAUAAUACGAAUACCGGGAACCACCAAAACAUUCAACAUGGCGGACAGUCGACCUCAACAAGGACCCAGCAGUCAUCUUGUACCAGUUAUCCUUGUCUGGUGUUUGAAGAUAAUUUUGAUUAUUUAGAUGUUGAAGUUUGGGAACAUGAACUUACAUUAGGUGGUGGAGGAAAUUGGGAAUUUGAGUAUUAUACCAACAACCGGUCUAAUAGUUACGUUAGAAAUGGAAUCCUCUACCUGAAACCGACAUUGACAGCUGAUGCUCACGACGAAGCUUUUCUGCAACAUGGAACAUUAGACCUCUGGGGAGCCGGACCUUAUGACACGUGUACUGGAAAUGCUUUUUAUGGAUGUAGCCGAACUGGAGGAGGAGAUGGCCAUAUUCUCAAUCCCAUCCAAUCAGCUAAGCUCAGAAGUUCACGUGGUUUUAACGUCAAAUAUGGUAAAGUUGAAGUCGAGGCUAAACUACCAACCGGAGAUUGGAUUUGGCCAGCUAUUUGGAUGAUGCCAACCUAUGAUGCUUAUGGCGGUUGGCCAACUUCCGGUGAAAUCGACAUUAUGGAGAGUCGGGGGAAUGUCAACUAUAAGGAUGAUAAGGGUCAAGCUGCCGGAGUAGACAGCAUAGGUAGUACGUUACAUUUCGGUCCUAACUGGCAACAAGAUGCCUGGCCUAAGGCUACAGCAAACAAACGUCUGAAUUCGAAUUCGGGAACAUUUGGUGAUCGGUUUUAUAGAUACGGUGUUGAAUGGGAUGAACAUUCUAUCAGAUUUACUGUUGACGAUGAGGUGAUUCUAAAUGUAACACCUGAUGAUGGCGGUUUCUGGAAAUAUGGUGGCUUUGAUAGAUCGGGUAUGGCAAACCCGUGGCAGAGUGGAAACAAGAUGGCGCCCUUCGACCAAAAGUUUUUUAUAAUCCUAAACGUGGCAGUUGGUGGCAUGAAUUACUUCCCCGACUCUUUUACUGGACCUCGACCCAAACCGUGGAAGGAAGCUGACUCCAAGGCAUUUUGGCAGGCUAAAAACCAAUGGUACCCUACCUGGAACCCACACGUUAGAAAUGGAGAGGACGCUGCAAUGCAAAUUAAUUAUGUGAAAGUCUGGAAGAUGAAACCAUAGACUUG